AUACAGCAAUGGACCGCCGCUUCCUGAGAAAGAAGGUCAUGUAUAAAGACUGAUAAAGAUCCCUUUAGCUAUUCAUCAUCCUCAUCACACCAUCAAACAUAAUCCAGACUCGACACAGUUCACACCACUUCUUAUUGUUAUAAUCGCCACUUCAUCGAAAUCUCCAAUUCCACACAACUCAGCUUGCCAACCCUUACAAGUCAUCGAAGUCGAUCCAACGCAAUCAACCAAAAUGCAGUUCACUACCGCCCUUCUCACUGCCGUCCUCUCGGCCACCUCCCUCGCUGCCCCAGCGCCCAUCGACGCCCGCGCGACCCAAUGGACCAUCAAGUCGCUGACUCGUACCUGUACCGCCGGCACCAGGGGCACCUGCACCUGGUCCUUCAACAUCUCCCCCACGGCCAGCGCCGUCGUGCACUGCGCCCUGACCACCGUCGGUGACGGGACCCACGACGCGACGAAAACCAACGGCGGCCCGGUCCAAUGCGGACGCUACUCCGUCAGCACGGGUUGGAGCGGCCAAUUCGGCCCCGGUUUCACGACCAUGGCCGUUGUUGAUCAGUCGGCUAAGCUGAUUGGAUAUCCGUCUUACACGGAUGCGGAGCUGGCUGGCGGCAAAGCAGCGGACAAGUCAAGGAAGAGAGGUGUAGGGGUGUCAGGUUUAAUCAAUCGACGAAUAGAUAUGCAUGGCAUUGGAUAGAUGGUUAUAAUGGGAAAUGGUGUGCAUGGGGAAGUAAAGGAGGGUUGCAUCCGGAAUGUUGGGCACUUUGGUUUUAGU